AGUUAAGAGAUGUAGUAUUAAUUAUCAAACUCCUUCCAAUUCUCAUGUCAAUUUAGCCUUAAGAAUAUAUAGAGUCCCUACUUUGAAUGCCCAUAAUCAUUUGAAUUAAGUAAAAACUAAUAUGAGUAAUGGAUUGGAAUUUGGAGUGGUGAUAUAGCCUACAGUUAUGCUUCUCAAUUUGUUUUGGGAUACACAUACAAUGUUAAUUGGUAUAAUAAUUGGCUCGGUUUAUCAAUCUUGGCAUCAUAGCAUAUGAAUUCGCAAGAGUCAGGAAUUGUAUUCAGAUUCAACUAUACUGUUUAAAGAAAAACUUUUGAUGUUUACAGAAACAGAAACCAUAAAUUCCUAUCCAAUUUGAGCUAAGUUUUGAGAUUCCAAAUCCACAUACUUGCAACAAUGGUGACUGGUACAAUGAUAUAUCUACAUCAUUCUUCCAUGUUUGUAUUUCAGGCAAAUAAAGAGUAUAAUAGGAAUCAGUAGCUCUUUAUGGUAUAUUCUGCCAAGAAACUUAUCCUGCAUAUACUGAUGAUGUAUCGUAAAAGUGUAAAAGAAAUGGCAGAUGUUUCAAUUUGGCCUAAUGGAAGAUUACAAAUUUCAGGAGAGAAUGUAACAAUAUAAUAUGAAUACAUAAACUUUUACAUAGAUUCUGAUGUUUGUUUUUGGAUUCAUUAAGAAAAUAAGAAAAUUUUGUAAAAAUUUGUAAAUUAUAAAAUUAGCCAGUUUUAAUGGAUUAUUUUGUUUGUCUCAUGCAAGGGUUGGUUUUUAAUAAGAUGGACAAUAAAGAUUCAAUUAUAGUUUAUCCAAUAUAUUCUAUUUUGGAAAAAAGCAAAUUAAGAUUUUUUCACUUUUUAUAAUGAAGGGAAGAUAAUAGCUGAUAAUACGAUCAACUUGAGGUUUAAGUUUUAAAUUUCUAAACACACAAAAAAAUAAUUGUAGAUUCAAAAGAUUUAAUUAUCACAUCCUUUCAAAUAAUUGAAAAUAAGGAUGAGAUGCAUAAAUAUUAAAAUGGAAUGA